CCGGGCUCCGGGCGACGACACCGGCUGCAGCCGCCUCCAGCGUGGAGCCCCCCGGAGCGGGGGGGCGCGCGGCCAGUAGCGUGGGGACGCUGUGCGGAGGAGGGGUUUUUAAUCGUGCCCCCCUCAUUUCACACUGGGGGGGAGAAGAUCGGAGCGAGCCGCUGCGUCGCACGGAGCCCUCCCCGCACGGCCGGGGGCGCGUUCUCCCCCCUUCCCCAGCCACAGGCCGGCUCCCAGGGAUGGCAAACUUCAGCUGCUCGGGCGCCUCGUCUUGCAAGGGCUUAAAGUACUGCUAGCAGAGAUCAGGCGACGAUGUGGAAGAGACCAGAAGGUGAAAAACUCAGUGGCCGAGGUCGGCGGACGAACCUGGGGUUUAUAUGGCCCAGACAGGAGACCCCGCCGCGGAGGAGUGGUCCCAGUGGAGCGUCUGCUCCCUGACGUGUGGGCAGGGCUCCCAGGUGCGCACACGCUCCUGCGUCUCGUCUCCCUACGGGACGCUGUGCAGCGGGCUGCUGCGGGAGACGCGGAUCUGCAAUAACACUGCCACCUGCCCAGUGCACGGCCUGUGGGAGGAGUGGUCCCCGUGGAGUCUGUGCUCCGUGACCUGCGGGCGAGGGGCCAGGACGAGAACGCGGCAGUGUGUAGCCCCGCAGCACGGCGGGAAGGCCUGCGAGGGCCCCGAGGUGCAGACUAAGCCCUGCAAUAUCGCAAUCUGCCCUGUGGAAGGUCAGUGGCUGGAGUGGGGCUCGUGGAGCCGGUGCUCGGUGUCGUGUUCCAAUGGGACCCAGCAGCGCACGCGCAAAUGCAGUGUCUCGGGUCACAGCUGGGCGGAGUGCAAAGGAGCCCACGCCGACGCCAGGGAGUGCACCAGCCCUGACUGCCCAACCGACGGCAAGUGGGGCCCGUGGAACCACUGGAGCUUAUGCUCCAAGACGUGCGACACGGGCUGGCAGAGACGUUUCCGGAUGUGCCAGGGCACGGGCAUGCAAGGCUACCCGUGCGAGGGCUCCGGAGAGGAGGUCAAGACGUGCAAUGAGAAGAAGUGCCCAGCCUACCACGAAAUGUGCAAGGAUGAGUACCUCAUGCUGAUGACCUGGAAGAAGACGGCCGCUGGCGAGAUCAUCUACAACAAAUGCCCACCCAAUGCCACUGGAUCCGCCAGCCGCCGGUGCCUGCUGAACGCCCACGGGGUGGCGUACUGGGGCGUGCCCAGCUUUGCCCGGUGCAUCUCCCAUGAGUACAGAUACUUACAUCUCUCACUGCGGGAGCACCUGGCCAAGGGGCAGCGCAUGCUGGCGGGCGAGGGCAUGUCACAGGUGGUGCGCAGCCUGCUGGAGCUGAUGGCCCGCAGGACGUACUACAGCGGAGACCUGCUCUUCUCAGUGGAGAUCCUGCGCAACGUCACCGACACCUUCAAGAGGGCCACCUACGUCCCCUCCUCCGAGGACGUGCAGCGCUUCUUCCAGGUGGUCAGCUACAUGGUGGACUCGGAGAACAGAGACAAGUGGGAGGACGCCCAGCAGGUGUCCCCCGGCUCCGUGCACCUCAUGAAGGUGGUGGAAGAUUUCAUCCACCUGGUGGGGGACGCGCUGAAGGCCUUCCAGAGCUCCCUCGUGGUUACCGACAACCUGGUGAUCAGCAUCCAGAGAGAGCCCGUCUCGGCCGUCUCCAGUGACAUCAACUUCCCUAUGAAGGGGCGCCGGGGCAUGAAGGACUGGGCCCGCCAUUCGGAGGACAAGCUCUUCAUCCCCAAGUCGGUGCUGAGCCUCUCCUCCUCUGAAAUGGACGAGUCGUCGUAUUUUGUGAUCGGGGCCAUCCUGUACCGCACACUGGGGCUCAUCUUACCUCCCCCCAGGAGCCCCUUGGCUGUCACAUCCCGAGUGCUCACCGUGACUGUGCGCCCGCCGACCAAGCCCACGGAGCCCCUGAUCUCAGUGGAGCUGUCCCACAUGCUCAAUGGCACCUCACACCCGCAGUGCGUCACCUGGGACUACUCCAAAGCGGAUGUGGGCUCUGGAAACUGGGACACCGAGAGCUGCCAAACGCUGGAGACCCUCCCGGCUCACACCAAAUGCCUGUGCAGCUACCUCUCCACCUACGCCGUGCUCGCUCAGCUGCCCAAGGAACUGGCCAUGGACCCCUCCGGCACUCCCUCCGUCCCGCUCAUGAUCGGCUGUGCCGUCUCCUGUAUGGCCCUGCUGACCCUGCUGGUGAUCUACGCCACUUUCUGGAGGUUCAUCAAGUCAGAGCGCUCCAUCAUCCUGCUGAAUUUCUGCGUCUCCAUCCUGGCUUCCAAUGUGCUGAUCCUGGUGGGCCAGUCCCAUAUGCUCAGUAAGGGCGUGUGCACCAUGACAGCCGCAUUUCUGCAUUUCUUCUUCCUCUCGUCCUUCUGCUGGGUGCUGACCGAGGCCUGGCAGUCUUACCUGGCCGUGAUCGGCAGGAUCCGCACACGCCUGGUCAGGAAGCGCUUCCUGUGCCUGGGAUGGGGUUUGCCGGCCCUGGUGGUUGCAGUCUCUGUCGGCUUCACUCGGACCAAAGGCUACGGAACAGCCAGCUACUGCUGGCUCUCCCUGGAAGGCGGGUUGCUCUAUGCCUUCGUCGGCCCCGCUGCCGUCAUUGUGCUGGUGAACAUGCUCAUUGGGAUCAUUGUCUUCAACAAGCUCAUGUCUCGGGACGGCAUUUCAGAUAAGUCCAAAAAGCAGCGGGCCGGCUGGAAGCAGCCCACCUGCGGCCGCCUGCUGCUGAAAUGCACCAAAUGCGGCGUGGUGUCCAGCACCGCCCUGACCUCUGCCACCACCAGCAGCGCCAUGGCAUCGCUGUGGAGCUCCUGCGUUGUCCUGCCCCUGCUGGCGCUCACCUGGAUGUCGGCCGUGCUCGCCAUGACCGACCGGCGCUCCAUCCUCUUCCAGGUCCUCUUCGCCGUCUUCAACUCGGUGCAGGGCUUCGUCAUCAUCACCGUGCACUGCUUCCUACGCCGAGAGGUGCAGGAUGUUGUGAAGUGCCAGAUCGGGGUGUGCAAGAGCAACGAAAACGAGAACUCUCCCGACUCCUGCAAGAACGGACAGGUGCAGAUCAUGACAGACUUUGAAAAGGACGUUGAUCUGGCAUGUCAGACAGUCCUCUUCAAGGAGGUGAACGCGUGCAACCCCGCCACCAUCACGGGCACCUUGUCACGCAUCUCCCUGGAUGGCGACGAGGAUCCCAAGCUCCACCCCGGCUCCGAGGGAAGCCUGGGCUUCUCCAGCCUCCCGGGGAACAUCCCGCCCACUGGCAUCCUGGUGCAGGUGCCCACGCUGAUGCACAAGGGCCUGAACGAACUCAGCGACCCGCCCGCCAAGAAGGACGUUAACCUGGACAGCCGGGGACCCGUCUACCUGUGCACGGACAGCAACCUGCAGCAGGCCGACUACGGCUGGAUGCGGGCGCCGGAGCCGGCACUAGAGAGCGACUACAUGGUGCUGCCCCGCCGGACUGUGAGCCUCAAGCCCUUCGGCAGGGAGGAGGGCAGGCUCAACAUCAAGGUGGAUGAGGUGCCACACGUGGGCAGGGGUCGCUGUGGGGCCGAGGCGGAGGCCUACCCCGGCUUUGUCUCAGUGGACCACAUCAAUGUGAACUUAAACCAGCCCUACGGGACGGUGAAGCACCCGUACGGCCUUCAGUUCAAGCAGCACCCCACAGUCCGGCAGAUCCUGGCCUCGGAGCUCACGGAGCGAAGCCGCACCAUGCCACGCACGGUGCCGGGCUCCGCCAUGAAAGUGGGGUCGCUUGAGAGGAAGCGGUUACGAUACUCAGAUCUGGAUUUCGAGAAAGUCAUGCACACGAGGAAGCGCCACUCCGAACUCUACCAUGAGCUGAACCAGAAAUUCCACACGAUGGAUCGGUACCGGGCACCUGCUACCAAUGCUGCCAAGAGAGAGAAGCGGUGGAGCGUCUCUUCCGGCGGCGGGGAGAAGAGCACAUCCAGCGAAGUGACCAGUCCUGAGGAGCAGCAGCAGCAGAAGAACUGGAGCACCUUCAAGGCCAUGACGCUCAGCUCCCUGCCCCUCAAGAGGCGGGAGAAGCUGGAGCUGCGCUGCGCCAACUGGGAGCCCCCAUGCAUGAACCUGGACGUGUCAGAGGGGGAUUUCCAGACGGAGGUGUGAGCCGGGGGGAGCUGGGCCUGGCCCAGGCAGCCCCACGCUGCAGAAGGGAAAAGCAAACGAAAGGACAAUCAGAUUUUGUUUCCCUUUUGUGGGGGAGUUUGUUUUCCUCGUUCGGCCAUCGGACUCUGCUCCCCCUGCCAGGGGGGCCGGUGCCCUCCCUGGCGCACCCCCUCCUUUCGCCUUUUGUUGUGGGCUUUCUUUUCUUCUCUUCCCUUCUGAUGUCGUCACCACCGGGACGCACGCACCCCUGGAGCCACCCCCACAUGCCUGCGGAUGUAGGGUCACGCACCCCUGGACAUGCGCACGCCAGCCAGCCUCCCGCCAGCCCCACUCUCGGCGUGUGUGCAGCGCGUCUUGUCAUGGUGGCCGGCUUGGAACUCUUUUGUAGCUGGGCAUCUCUUCACGCAGUGCACCGUGUGCACCUGGGAACGACGCCCACGCCCUUCGCCGCAGCCCCACCUCCUGCCUGCCGCGGGGGGCACCCACCCUGCCGCUCGCUGCCCCCGGCACUGUUCUUCCUCUUCACACCUCUGCCCACCCUGCUCCCCCAAGGCGGGAGGGGGCCCUUUCCAUCCCCUAGACUCCGGAGCCCACCUUGGGGGUGGCCCCUUCCCUCCCCGUCCCCUUCCUCCCCUUUCUAUCUCAUGGGGCAGGCACUGUCUUUGUUGAAAAUAAAAGUUCACUCUCUGUGGA